AGCAAGGUUGGACUGUACGAGUGAGGAAGUACAAGUACUAGUGUACUACUAGUUGUUGGCAAAGACAGUUUGCUUACACAAAACCCCAUUUCAACUCCAACACUCAAAACACUGUUAGCAACAUUUUGUGGCAACCCCCCCUUUUCCGAGCCGUGAAAUCCGGAAGAGUUUUUGAUGAGCCCAGUUCUUUACAAUAUUGAAACCUGAAAAUCAUGGAAAAUAGUUCAAAGAAGAAGCAAGAUGUUUGUGAUGAACAAGGAAAAUGCAGGGAUAGGUUAAGUGAAUUACCAGAUGAAAUUCUUGUUCAAAUUCUGUCUUUUCUGCCAAUUAGAGAUGCUGUUAGAUCUGUAUUACUCCGUAGAUUUGGAGAAUUGUGGUCUUUUCUUCCUACUCUUAAGUUUGAGGGCGACAAGGAAGAAUUCGUCCGCAAAGUUAUGGAAUAUCACAAAUGUCCAACAAUGGAUGAACUGGAGUUGUCGAGAGGACAUGAUCUUUCUGAAAAAGAGUUUAUCAAGUUGACAAAUAUGGCCUUGAGCAAGAAAGCCAAAGUCUUUAGGGUUUAUAGUGAGAAUCAUUAUUAUAAUCUGCCAUCUCGUUUCUUCACGAAUCAAUAUAUUGUUUCGCUUACUCUUUACAAUAUGUCAAUCAAACUCCCCAAUCGUGUUCAUAUGAAGUCGCUAAGGAAAUUGGAACUUUUUUUUGUGAGUAUCGACGAUAAAACAUUCAAAGUUGUGAUAUCUGGAUCCCCUUGUUUACAAGAGUUGGUUAUAAUGAAUCCUGACAUUUUACAUGACAUACAUUUUACUUCCCCAAGCAUUGAGAAGUUGGAGCUUGAUCUUUGUCUACAUUUUGCAAUACAACAUGAUGCAUUUUACUCACUUAAUUGCCCUAACCUGAAGAUCUUACAUGUUAGUGAAGUAUGUUUGAAGCAUCUAAAACUCAUUGAUGUUUCAUCUGUUCGUGAAGCCAAAAUCCUUUAUUGUCGCAUAGCUUUUGACCGUUACCAUUUUGAAAAGUUGAUUGAAAAUUUUCGAAAUGCUGAGUUUUUCCGGUUGGAAGAUGACGCUUACAUGCAAUUAAAACACUGUGGAAGUCAGAAACUGACUUGUCGAGAUAAUCAAUGGAUUCGUUUAGCUUUGAGGUCAGGAAUACAAGGAGGCUGUCUGUUAGACAUAAGUACAUUGCUAAGAAACUCAUGGCGCUUGAAACAACUUAUAAUAUAUGCUGAUGUGGGUUUUUUCUGUAAUUGCAAUCUGCUUUUGCAUGACCUUCCUUCUCCUUGUGUGAUGGAGAAACUUAUAACUGUUACCAUUCGUGAAUAUGAGAAGCCGUGCAAAGCCCUACUUCAGCUGAUAGAAUUUCUGCUUAAAAGUGCAGUCGUCUUAGAAAAAAUGGUUAUUGUCUGCAAUAAGAAGGAUCAGCUGUUUUCAUCAGAGGGGCAAGAAUUCUAUUUCCAGUUAUUAAGCUUCCCAAGAGCCUCAAGAAAAGCAAGAGUUAUCUUUGCUUGAGAAAUAUGUUAAUGGUAAUAUGCAGUAACACGUAUUUUGGACAAAGAAGGUAUCUUAUGUGUCGGAGUUAGGAUCUUUGUUGUGGAUCAAGUGUUUCAGCCACUCCUUUACUUUCCCAUACCCCUUUUGGACAUCAUUUUGUCACCAAAAUACCAAAUUGAAUGGUAACAGCUAACAAGUUCACUUUGUAUAUGCUACUCCAUGUUAAGCAUCGUAUUUUGUAGCCACAUCAUCAACUAACAAGUUUGUAUAUGCUACUUGUUGAAUAUGAUUUCUGGUAAUUAGUUUGGAGCAGAUGAAAUGUAGCAUGGUUUGCAGCUUAGAUUUGUGCAUCUGAAUAUGUUGGAAUUUAUAUAAUUUAUAUAGCUUAGAUUUGUGCA